AUGUCAAGGUCCGCGGUGCGAGCGUUGCCCUCUGCCCUCUCCUGGACGUGCCGCCAAUGUCGCCUGAACAGCGUCCAGUCCGCUCAAGCUCGCCAUGCAACGCUUCCAAUUGUGGCACAGCAGAACUUUUCUACGACGAAGUCAAUCCGCGUGGAUGCUCAGAUUCGCGCGGCGCCCGAGAUAGAUCUCAGUGAUGCGAAUGCCGUACCGGCCCGAAUCAUCCCAUCAUCGCCUUCAUAUUUUACUGCAUCCCCAGUCUUCAACGACCAUGUCCUGCUUCUACAGUCUCUCGUCAAGAAGCACGCAUCACUGCCUACCGCCCCACCAAACCAGACCCCGCGAGCUGUGUGGUUAAAGCUCAGUCAGUAUCGCAGUUCGACCGGCGAGAAGAUUGCUGCUUCCAAAUACUCCAAGGUCCUGGAUCUCCUCACGCGACUGAACCGAAUCCACCCACGAGUUCGACCCAGGGAGGUGAAGCAGGUCUUGGAUCGGUUCCGGCGUCCGGGCUCGGAAGAGGUUCAGAAAGCCAAGCCAGGCAAGAUCGACGAAUACGGACGUUCUAUCGGGCUGGGACGGAGAAAAGAAUCCACUGCAAAAGUUUACCUUGUUGAAGGCACGGGUGAAGUCAUGGUAAACGGGCGCAGUAUUGUGCAGAUGUUCCCUCGCGUGCACGACAGAGAAAGCGCGCUGUGGGCGCUAAAAGUUACGGAGAGAAUGGACAAGUACAAUGUCUUUGCGCUGGUAUCAGGAGGUGGAGUUACCGGUCAGGCAGAGUCGGUCACAUUGGCACUGGCCAAGGCGCUGCUGGUACACGAACCAGCUCUCAAGCCGGCCCUCCGGCGAGCCGGCUGUGUCACAUCGGAUAUGAGACGUGUCGAACGAAAGAAGCCAGGGCGACUGAAGGCUCGAAAGAAGCCAGCUUGGGUCAAACGGUGA